CUGCGCGCAACCCCGGAGCUCGUCGCGGAAGUGACGGCAAAGCGGCUAUGGCGGCUCGCAGUUUCAUUCCGGAUUUCCACUGGACUACAAACUGAUUUUAACCGGACCGGUUAGACUUUUGAGAACUUUUGCAAAGCUGUCUAUCUUCGGAUGCCGCACAGACUGAAAUCGUGUUAAACCGGUGCUUGUCAACGAAAGGCCCCAUAGCUUUUUGGUGGCAUUUUUGUCAAAGGUUCAAGGUGGUCACCCUGUCGAGCUAGCGAUAGCUUUGUGGCUAUUAGCUUAACAGUGGUUCGUAUACAUCCAGCUAGCUCCAGAGCUAGCUUGUCAACGAGCUGCGUGCUAAGGUCCAUACAGCAGCAGCAGUCGUCGUGCAGCGGCUUUUCUUUUUGACCACGUCCACACUUGUCUGUCUGUUACAAUGCAAGUGGUCUUUAUUGGAUGCUAAUUUUUUUCGCCACAAGUGUGCAGAGCGAGGUACUCACACGUUUGACUGGCCUCUUGACAAUUUGAAUUGCUAGUUUGGCGGCUGAGGCUAAAAACGAAUUUUGCCUGGUUAACAAGCAAUUCCCUCUGUAAUUACAAGAGCAACUUAGCUCAAGAGCUUGUUAUCAAGUGAGAAUUGAAGUGGAGUUGCUGUGGGGUCAUCAACAUGCUGAAGACCCGGCAGUGUCUACUUGGCAUCCGCACUUUCCUCAGCGUUACGUCCAGAAUAUGGGGCUUCAUCAUGUACAUCCUCAGGAAGCACCUACGAACGAUAAUCCAGUAUCAGACGGUGCGAUACGACACUUUGCCCUUGUCACCCAUCUCCAGAAACAGACUCAACGCAGUAAAGAGGAAGAUUCUGGUUCUGGAUCUGGAUGAGACACUGAUUCACUCUCACCACGAUGGGGUCCUUAGGCCCACAGUGAGACCUGGCACGCCACCAGACUUUAUCCUCAAAGUCGUCAUUGAUAAGCAUCCAGUCAGAUUCUUCGUACAUAAAAGGCCACAUGUUGACUUCUUUUUAGAAGUGGUGAGCCAGUGGUAUGAGUUGGUGGUUUUCACAGCCAGUAUGGAGAUUUAUGGCUCUGCAGUGGCAGACAAGCUCGAUAACAACAGAAACAUCCUGAAACGCAGAUACUACAGACAGCACUGUACAUUGGAUCUAGGUAGUUAUAUUAAAGACCUGUCAGUAGUACAUGAUGACCUGUCCAGUAUUGUUAUUCUGGACAACUCGCCUGGUGCUUAUCGUAGCCAUCCAGACAAUGCAAUACCUAUCAAGUCCUGGUUCAGUGACCCUAGUGACACAGCACUUCUUAACUUGCUGCCUAUGCUGGACGCAUUAAGGUUCACUGCUGAUGUCCGCUCCGUCCUCAGUCGAAACCUCCACCAGCACCGGCUCUGGUGAUGGGCUGAAUUGAGAGGGGCUUGUUGACUAGCCUUUUUUCUCUCUCCUGGCGUCCAUCCUGCCCUCCAUUCCCACACAGACGACCCACCAGCCCUCUCCGAGAGGAGAUAAGGGUUGGGGUGACCGCCUUAUUUGGGAUGAACAGUAUGGGAUCACCAGAACCCGAAAAAAAACUACUGGGGAGGUAGAGGUAGCCAGCUUGUUUUGCUUUUUCUUUUUUUUUUUUCCCUCAUUUCUUUAUUUGUUUUUGUUUGUUUUGUUGUUUUUUUUCCAAAACAAAACGGAGCCUCUCUGCCUUAUAGCUCCUGAUACUGACUGUGCGUAUGGAGGUGAGCUUGUGUACGAGCUGGAGUAUGCUUGCCGAAUUCUUUAGUCCUUUUUAAACUUUUUUGAAGAUUGGGAGGUUGGAGAAGAAGAGGAUCAGCAAAGCAACAAAGACUAUUCUACAUUGUUUCUUCCUCUUCUCCACCAUCAUCAUCGCACUUCAACAGACAACUUAUCAAUUUACUGUUUUGCCCUCUCAGACCAAAUGAGAAGGGGAAAACAGAAAACUAUCCCCUUUUGGAUUAACUUUAUACCCCUGAGGUGAUUCAUUUAUUCCAGAGUUUCUUGUUUUCUUAUUUUUCCCUUCCCCCCAGCAAAAAUGGAUGGAUUUAAAUAAAGUGGUUGAUGGACCUUUGCUUGCAACAAACCAUCCAGUCAUUUUUUUCUGGACAGUUCUUUUUUCCCUGCCAUUAAUCAGAACUCUUCUCCCCAAAGCUCCUGAUGGGACUCGGUGAUAAGAUUUAAAAAUUGUGAGAAAAAAAGAGAAUGGCUUGUUUCGAUAUGUGAACUGCCGUGUCGCCUUUCCAUAUUUGAUUGUUUCUCUGUUACCAAGAUAUAUUAUAGAAUGACUUCUGCAAACAUGACAUUUUGCUCUCCCUCUUUACCAUUUGAUGCCAUCCUGAUUUCAUCUAAUAGGAAUUGCACUUAUUUUGUCCCCCUCUGUUUUUGUUGCAGUUUGUUUUCUAUUUGACUCAAAUUUGCAAACAUCUCUGUUCUGUUUUUACCCACUCCCCCUUACUAUAUGGGUUCAGCUACAAGACCCUCUAUCUUUAAAUGCCUUCUGAACAAUGUCAGUCUUGUUAAGGCUCACAGCGGCUUCUUAUCGGCUCUGUCUCCAUGUCUGUGUUACUAAUAAAACACUUGUCAGUAUCGA